AUGGCGACUAUCUCGCCCAGCAUCUCGCAACAUUAUGAUUCGCCCUCUUUCACCCUCCAGACUUUCAUCCCACCCCAUGCCCGUGACGCCUACAUCGCCCUUCGCGCCUUCAACCUCGACGUCGCCCGUGUAGCAGAUGCCACCAGCAACCCCACCGUUGGCGCAAUGCGCAUGCAAUUCUGGCGAGACGCCGUGUCGAAAGCCCUGGCCGGCUCUCCCCCUAAAGAACCCGUCGCCCUCCUCCUCUCCCAGGCGGCCUUAAACCUCCAGACGCGCACCAACAACAAAUCGAAGCUGAGCAAAAACUGGCUCCACCGCAUCAUCUCCACGCGCGAAGCCUACCUCUCCAACCCGCCGUACCCCAGCCUCUCCGCGCUGGAGACCUAUGCCGAGAACACGUACUCGACGCUGCUGUAUUUGACUCUCUCCGCUCUGCCCCUCGCUUCGAUAACAGCAGAUCACCUCGCUUCUCACAUCGGCAAAGCGACAGGCAUCGCCGCCGUCCUACGCGGAUUGCCUCUCCUCGCCUUCCCGCCGCCGCCGAAUCAUCAUUCCAACCAAGGGGCGCUGGGCGGUUCCCCCUUCGGAGGCCAGAGGCAAGGCGCGGUCCUGCUCCCCCUAGAUGUCAUGGCCGCCGCAGGCGUUAAGGAAGAAGAGGUCUUGCGGCAGGGCGCCGCUGCCCCCGGGCUCAGGGACGCGGUGUUCGAGGUCGCGACGCGCGCGAAUGACCAUCUCAUCACCGCGCGGGAGAUGUUGAAGAACCUGAGAGCUGGCCAGGAGGCUGGGCAUGAAUUCGAGCAUGCGGAGGAGCAGGGCAUGGAGAGAGAAUACGGCGCACAGCAGACGCAGACACAGUGGCAGGACGUAGAGAAGGCAUUCGGAGUACUGAUGCCGGCGGUGAGCACGCAGAUGUGGCUGGAUAAGCUGCAGAAGGCGGAUUUUGACGUCUUUGAUACGAGUCUGAGGAGGACGGAUUGGAGGUUGCCCUGGAAGGCUUACUGGGCGUACAACAGGCGGAAGCUCUGA